CACCGGAGCCGCGACGACGCCCGGAGUCGACCGGAGCACACGCGGAGCGCGCGACCGGACGAAAAGUGCCAGUUUGAGUGGUGUUCUGGUGAAAGUGGGGAGAUGUUUUCCGGGAGGAUGGAGGUUUUUCGCUGAAGAUCAAAGCGCCGUAAGGACUCUCUUAAGUGGGACGAAUAUCAAACCGGCGACAGCCUCCAAUUCCGGCUUCAUUUUAAACUCUCUUGAUGGAAUUUUUCGCGGCCCGAGUCAAUGAAAGCCGAUUAAUCUCAAUUAAGGGAGAAAAAAGUGAUGAUGUGAAAGGGGUGUAACAGCCAACGAUGGGCCUGACGCUGGUGAAGCUGUCUCUGAACCUGCUCCUGUGGGGACUGAUCCAGGCUGUGGCAACCAACGGUGGUCAAAAAUGGGUGCGUGCAAAUGUUCCGCAGUACCGUGUUCCAGGAGAGACUGCCGUGUUACAGUGCGACUACGACUUAGGCAACGACACUUUGUAUGCUGUGAAAUGGUACAAAGACCAUGAAGAGUUUUACAGAUUUGUACCGAAAGCAAGACCCCAAGCGAUUGCAUAUCAAGUGGAAGGAGCCAGAGUGGACAUGACCAAGUCAGACAACAGAAAAGUGGUCCUUCAUCCUGUCAGCUGGAAGACGAGUGGGGUGUAUAGAUGUGAGGUCUCUGCUGAGGCGCCAUCUUUCUCUUCCGCGCAGAGUGACGCUCGGAUGGAAGUAGUAUCGUUUCCUCAAGAGGAUCCGAUCAUUACCGGGGUGGAGAUGCAAUACCAGAUCGGCGACGAGAUCACCCUCAACUGUACUUCAGGGAAGAGCCAUCCGGCUUCCAUACUUCACUGGUACAUCAACGAACAACAGGUGACGAGUCAGGGCGCUCUGAUCCGCUACCCUCCCAUCCACCACCGCCAGGGUCUGAUAACGACGACGCUCGGUUUGCGGUUCACCCUCAGCAGCCGCCACUUCCAGGGUGGCUCCAUGAAAGUGAAGUGCAUAGCGUCGGUGUCACCGUCACUCUUGCGCACGGACAGGGAGAGCAUCGUGCAGAAUUUACCCAUCAAGGACAUGCGAGAGGCCCUCCUUCUCGUGAAGAGUUCGACGACUCGGUCACCGAAAUUGCCCAUUCUCCGCCUGGUGACUGUCCUCUUCGUCACAAUUUUGGCCCUGACGUAAUGUGAUAAAUUUCUAAAAAGUGAGUGUUACACCCUCAAGAUGUCAUAAAAGGGAAUCCCCUAAUAAUAACGUGCGGUGAUUAACAGCCCCGUAAAGCAGUGAUAAAACAAGGGUGGUGUAAUAAACUCGUCAUUGGAUAUAAUAAAAUCUGAAAUGACCCCAGUCUUCAUCCGCCUCCUCAGAAUCAAAAGUAGCAUUUAUUCUGAUCCGAGUGUACCAUAGGGCAUAGGCGUGCGGCGGACAUUGAACGUGUCCAAGACUGUACGUUUUUGUAAUGUGAUAAUUUUUUUUAUGUACACUAGUGUAUUGACGCUUUCCGCUGUUAAAACUUUCAUUGCGGUCUAAAUUAUGUAUGUGAGGGAUGGAUUUAUGUUUCUUUCUCAUCCCUUAAUGUUGACGUUUAUUGACUCUAUGCUUUUGCACAAUGUAAAUAUCUGACAUAGGCUAUACAUACAAUCAAUCAUUUUUUUAUAUAAUUAAGCAAAAAAAUUAUAUUUUAUUUUCCAUCAUCCAUUGUAAAAAGAAACAUAUUUUUAUCGUUUAUCGACGAUUAAAGAAUAUUAAAAUAAAAUAAAGUGUGACUUGAAUGUUA